AGGAGAGGAAAGAAAUGGCGCGGCGGUCAGGUCCGUCAUGCCCCAACCUGGCCUCCCCCCUCCCGUGUAGUAGUACGUGCGGUGCGGAUCACUUCAACGUGCUUUGGCUCGCGGUGCGCCCAUGCUUGAUGCUUCGUCUCCGUUUCCUCCCUCGGAACAGUCAGAGCUGCAUGGCAUGCGAGCGGUCGUACCAGACCGCCGUUCCAUUACCCGGCCGGCGGCUAUAAAUACGGGCGCACGCCGGUCAGCCUAAGCACAGUUCACAAAGCGCAACACAACACAACACAUAGCCACAGAAGAGCAGCUAAGGCACCCGUAAAGAGGAUCUUUGGUUUAGCAGCUCUGCUGUAAGUUCGUACUACCUAGCUGAAGAAGCUCGGGGGCACCGGCCGGUCGGAGGACACCAGCAUGUCGCCCGUGCACGUCCCGGAGCUCAGCAGCGGCGGGUCGGGGUCGGGGUCGCUCACCCUGAACCCCGUGCAGCGCGCGCUCAGCCGGCUGUCGUCGUCGUCGGCCCUCACGCCCAGGUCGCCCCCGCCGUCCUACGGGAGCAUCGUCACCGUGCUCAGCAUCGACGGCGGCGGCGUCCGCGGCAUAAUCCCCGGAACCAUCCUCGCCUUCCUCGAAGAGAAGCUCCAGGAGCUCGAUGGGCCGGACGUGAGGAUCGCCGACUACUUCGACGUGAUCGCCGGGACAAGCACCGGGGGCCUGGUGACGGCCAUGCUCACCGCGCCCGACGCCAAAGGACGCCCGCUCUUCGCCGCCAAGGACAUCAACAACUUUCUGGGCUUGCUCAGGAGCAUGAGGGGGCCCAAGUACGACGGCCAGUACCUCCACUCUGUCGUCAAAGAGCUGCUCGGCGAGACGCGGGUCGGCGAGGCGCUGCAGAACAUAGUCAUCCCCACCUUCGACAUCAAGCUGCUCCAGCCAACCAUCUUCUCCCGAUACGACGCCCGCAACGACGUCUCCAAGAACGCUCUUCUGUCCGACGUCUGCAUCAGCACGUCGGCGGCGCCUACUUACCUCCCCGGCCACCACUUCGAGACCAAGGACAAGGAUGGCAAGCCCCGGGCCUUCAAUCUCAUCGACGGAGGCGUUGCCGCAAACAAUCCGACAAUGUUGGCCAUGACGGACGUGAGCAAGCAGAUCCUGCUGGGCAACCAGGACUUCUUCCCGAUCAAGCCCGCCGACUACGGCAAAUUCAUGGUGCUCUCCCUCGGCACCGGCUCCGCCAAGGUGGAGGAGAAGUUCGAUGCCGCAGCGUGCAGCAAGUGGGGGAUCCUCGGAUGGCUCUACAACCACGGCGCCACGCCGCUCAUCGACAGCUUCAGCCAGGCCAGCGCCGACCUCGUCGACAUCCAGGCGUCCGUGCUCUUCCAGGCGCUGCACUGCGAGAAGCGCUACCUCCGCAUCCAGGACGACGAGCUUAAAGGCGACACCUCAUCUGUUGACGUGUCUACGCCGGAGAACCUUAACAGGCUCGUCGAGGUCGGCAAGGCGCUGCUCAAGAGGAGCGUGUGCAGGGUGAACGUCGAGACCGGCAAGACCGUGCCCGACGACAAUAGAGGCACCAACGAGGAGGAGCUAAUCAGUUUCACACAUAUGCUCUCACAGGAGCGCAAGGCCAGGUUGCAGAAGAAGGGAGUCACCAUCACACAGUAAACAUGUGUAGUUCAUAACAUAUAGCUAAACUCAUAUUACGUGUAAGGCAAAUAUAGGAUAAGUCAUUAGACGGUCGAACUUUGGUAGGCUAGAAAUAUUGAACUGCCAAAGCUCACAGACUUAUGCAAGUUUUAGAGGUCCGCAAACAAGUUGUAAAGUGGGAGAAUGAAAUAAAUGGCCAACUGUUUAUUGUGGGCA